AUAGGAGGGCAGAGUAGGUGUAGAGGGAGGUAGAGUUGCAGCUCUGCUGCCAGUCCCCUAGGAAGCUAAGCCUUAAGAUUUGUUGUGGAUGCCUUGAAAGUGCUCAAAACCACGCUGGAUUGGUCUCUGAACAAUUUGGUUUAGUGGAAGGUGUCACAGUCUAUGACACUGUGGUUUGGAACUAUCUGGUCUUUAAGGUCUCUUCCAACACAAACCACUGUAUGCAGGGCACCGUGAGGCUGUGGGUGUCGGUGCUGACUUUCGCCCUGUCGCUGCUGGUCUGCCUGGGGACGCUGGCAGAGGCGUACCCCUCCAAACCGGACAGCCCCGGCGAGGACGCCCCCGCAGAGGACAUGGCCAGAUACUACUCGGCGCUGAGGCACUACAUCAACCUCAUCACCAGGCAGAGAUAUGGAAAGAGAUCAAGCCCAGAUACACUGAUCUCAGACCUCUUGUUGAGGGAAAGCACAGAAAACAUUCCUAGAUCCAGGUUUGAAGACCCUUCGAUGUGGUGAUGGGAUUUUCAGCACACCUUCAAAACUUUUCCUAGUUUUCAGUUCAUACUCCACACCUCUGAAGCAAAUCAUAGUGUCAUCCCCAGUGCAUGCAGCCAUUGUACUGAAUUCUGUAGAGUUUCUCUCCUUCAUCAUAUUUGUAUAUAUCUUUAUUUAAAUAAAUUAUUUGUGCAUUCCAAAACAUAACAUACUAAAUGAAAACAAACAACCAUGUCAUUGGUAUAACAAAGCAUUGUUUUAAACUAUUAAAACUGAAUUAUAACUUC